UAAGUGGGCAGGAAGUGCCCUCGUGAAGUGACAGUUUGGCAACAUGGCGCUUGACGUUAAAUCCAGAAACAAACGAUACGAGAAACUGGACUUCCUGGGAGAGGGUCAGUUCGCCACAGUGUACAAAGCCAGGGACAAAACCACAGAUACCAUCGUGGCCAUUAAAAAGAUUAAGGUUGGCCACAGAACGGAGGCUAAAGAUGGUAUUAAUAGGACCGCUCUUCGAGAGAUCAAACUCCUGCAGGAACUACAUCAUUCAAAUAUCAUCGGGCUGCUCGAUGCCUUCGGACACAAAUCCAACAUCAGCCUGGUGUUUGACUUCAUGGAGACGGACCUGGAGGUGAUUAUCAAAGACACCAGCCUCGUCCUGACUCCGGCCAACAUCAAAGCCUACAUCCUCAUGACCCUCCAGGGAUUAGAGUACAUGCACCAAAACUGGGUCCUACACAGGGAUCUGAAGCCCAAUAAUCUGCUGUUAGACGGCAAUGGAGUGUUGAAGUUGGCUGAUUUUGGUUUGGCCAAAGCGUUCGGCAGCCCCAACAGAGUCUACACGCAUCAAGUGGUUACCAGGUGGUACCGCUCCCCUGAACUCCUGUUUGGUGCCAGGAUGUACGGCGUGGGCGUCGACAUGUGGGCGGUGGGAUGCAUCCUGGCAGAGUUACUCCUUCGGAUACCGUUCCUUGCUGGAGAUUCAGAUCUGGACCAGCUGACGAAGAUCUUCGAGGCUCUCGGGACCCCGACAGAAGAGACGUGGCCUGGGAUGAAUAGUCUACCUGAUUAUGUGUCCUUCAAAAUAUUUCCUGGCACACCGCUGGAACAUAUAUUUAGUGCAGCUGGAGACGACUUGCUGGAGCUGCUCCAGGGCCUGUACACCUUCAACCCCCUGACGAGGACCACGGCCACACAGGCUCUGAAGAUGAAGUACUUCAGUAAUCGACCUGGUCCCACUCCGGGUCCACAGCUCCCCCGACCCAACGGUCCCGCCGAGGCUCUGAGGGAGAAGGAGAUCGUCGGCCUCAAGAGGAAAAUCGAGGGCCUAGAGACAACUGUGAUGAAGAAGAAGCUCAUUUUCUGACCACACGGGGCCUCAAUAAUCCGAUGAUCUCCUUCUUCUUCUCGCCAUUUUGUGGCUCCGCCUUCCCGCGUUGCUCAGGAUCAUCCACUGGAAUGAAAAACCCAAAGAAGUCCAGCGCAGAGAGAAAGGGCUCAGGUGUGCUGGACGUUGGGACAUUUCGAGGUCGUGGCUGUUGAUUCAGUUGAGCUGUGCCUUCUGUCUGCAGCACCACACCCGCCGACAGCAGGUCCAAAGCGUCUGCUCCUCCUUCAUUGUAACAAUGAUGCUCUGGCAGCCUGUUGUAAUCUGUAUAUUUAUGUGACUGAAAAAUAAGAUCAACCAAACAAGCAA